CGAUCUGGCUUCCUGAUACACUAUGGCAGUAUAUGAUCAGCUGUUUUCUAAUGUACCGUACGUAUUUUUAAACGCAAUAAAUAAAUACAGAAAUAAAUAAGAAAUUCGUGCAAAUUAUUGUCGCGAGAAAUUAUUUAUAUAUAUAUAUUACAUAUUUUGAAAUAUUAUAAAAAUGAACAAGGGUUGUUGGAAAUUUGACGAAGAAGAUAAAGCAUUGUAUAUAGAUUGGGAAGAAGAUACAGAAGAAGACCAAUCAACCAAAGAAUUUAGUUAUUGGGAUAGAUUACCUGAUAUACUAUUAGAAGAAAUAUUUUCAUAUUUGACAAUACGUGAAAGAUAUUAUGCAUCUCUUGUAUGUCGAUCUUGGUAUCACGCAUUUCAAUUGCAAAACGUAUGGUCAACAUUUACAUUAGAAGAUACAACAUUAACCAGAGGAAAAUUUAAUUAUUAUAGUGGUUGGCAAUAUGUUCUUGAUCAUAUUAGAACGUCAACAUGUCUUAACAAAGUUGGAAAAAAUUUUCGUACUCUUAUAUUUGAACCUAUGUUAAAUUUUUAUAAUUUAUAUGAAUUUAUGAAUAUGAUAUCUUGGUAUACAGAAAGACAAGGAUCAGACAAUACUUCUGUAGCAGGUGUAGGCAUUAAUAUUCGAAGACUUAAAUUUACAUUUCCUUGUAAUAUGGCAAACAGAGAUGAUCCUGAUCGUAUUAGACUUUUUGGUACUGGAGGAAAAUUACUUGAAGCAUUGAAAAGGCUUAUGAGAAAUUUGAAGAAUCUAAAAUGUUUAGAAUUAAUUGACUUAAUGCUUGAUAGUAAAGAAGCUUUACAUUUAAUGGACGAUAUUUGUGAAAAUUGUACUCAUACAUUAUCCAAAUUAAUAUUAAUAAAUACUACCAGGUAUUAUUGUCCAUUAUUACACGUAGGAGUGUUUCUUAAUUUGAAUAUUCUUGUUAUAAGUCCACAAAAUCUUCAUGAAGAUGUCAUUGAAUUACUUGGACAUACAAGAUUAAAACAUCUUCAUAUUUUACAAAAUCGAUAUAGUCCAAAGGAUACGACUGUUAGAUUGCCAAAAAGAGCAGCGUGGAUCAAAAUGAGGACGAACAAUCCAUAUAUAAAAGUACAUUUUGAAAUAGAAAGUGGUAAACCCACUGAUGUACUUUUACCAAUAGAUUUAUUAGAACACAGUGCUGUACCAUGUCAUAGUAUAGUUAUAGAUAAUCCAAAUACACAGAUUUCACCAUCAUGGAUAAUAACGCAUGGUUCAUUUUUCGAUUCAACGAUUCGAAUUUAUGCAUUCAAAGGAAUAACGAGAUAUUAUUUGCAUAAAAAUUUUUCUAAAAGAUUGGACGAAGCAUUAGUGCAAUUCUGCAAAAUGUGUCCGAAUCUACAUACUCUGAUGAUUCAUGACAAAAUAUCAACAUCGACGAUAUUAGAAAUAGUUACAACUGCAAAAUUUCUUCGUUGUUUGUAUGUAAGACGUAAUGCAGUUUUAAAAAGAUGCGAUGGUGAUUGGUUAAAAAUAUCAUGCUGGACACCGGAACAUUAUCAAUGGAUCAAAAUGAAUAGUCGUAGUUAUGAUAAUACGGAAAGGGAAGUAUCCAAAAUAUUAGGCUACAGAUGGCAUAUGUUAUCUGAAAAAGAAUUUAAAAAACAAACAAUUAAUUUACACAUUUAACUAUUAUUUAUAUUCGUACGUUAUGCGAAUGAUAAUAAAAAAAAAAAAAAAAAGGAAAAAAAAGUAGAUAGAAUCGAUAAAUGCUAAAGUACAAAUACUAAUAAUUAUUCUUUCUAUAAAAUCAAAAAAUGUAUUUAAUACUUUUCAAUUAUUUAUAUAUUGGUAUAAUUCUUUUUGCUUAAGGACUGUUCUCAUUUUUUUUUUUUUUUGGUAUUA